AUGGAGAUCGGAACAGAAAUCAGCAAGAAAAUAAGAGCUGCCAUCAAAGGGAAGCUGCAGGAGCUCGGUGCAUAUAUCGAUGAAGAGCUUCCGGACUAUAUUAUGGUCAUGGUAGCGAACAAGAAAACGUCCCAACAGAUGGCUGACGACUUGUCGCUUUUUUUGGGAAACAACACUAUUAAGUUCACUGCCUGGUUACAGGGAGUUCUGGAGAAGUUGAGGACAGUUGCAGUUGAGCCUGGCGCUUCAAAAAACCAACUUGAGCCAGACAAUGGCCCACCGAUUGGGAGGAGGCGCUCGUCUGAAGGCAGCAGGGUUGAGGAAUCAAAAUCUUUAAUGGUUUCCAGUUCUCGGUCUGAGGCACGAGUGUCCAGUUCUGCUUAUGAAAACAGGAAAAGCUCUUCCUCAAGACUUACAUCUGCUGUGAAACCUCUUGUGGAGUCCAUUCCUUCUGAAGCCAUUAUUGACAUUAAACCAGACAUGGAUGAUGACCUAAUUUCAGAAACUCAUGUGGAAACCAGUUCCACUCGCACACGCAGCUCAUCAAGCAGACCGAGUAUUGAAAUUUACAGGCCAAGUCAAAGCAAGUACACAUCAUCAAACUCUGGUGAAUCUUACUCCAGACAUGUUGAGACCAGGAGCAGCAGAUCUUCCAGAUCAACUGCCAAUAGGCCUGAGGAGUCACGAAAGCGCAAGGCUCCAGUUGCUAGUUCAGUGGUGCGAGUGAGCCGAACAGAGGAGGACAGUGAUGUGGAAGACGAUGACCUAAACUACAGUAGCAGAGGAAUGUCCAGUCGUGUCUCCCUUCCCUCCAAAACAGAGCGCAAACCUACACUGCCACCAGCAAAGCAGGCAAAUAGAAAUCUGAUCCUCAAGGCCAUAUCAGAAGCACAGGAUUCCAUCACAAAAACCACAGCAUAUCCACCAAUUCCACAGCGACAGACUGUUCCUGUUGCCCCGCGUACUCGUCUGUCUACUAGUGAGGAGAUGACUGCAGCCAUUCAGUUGGUGCAAGAACACCUCCACAGCCUGGCCCCCCGACCUUACACCUCCUCAGAACCAUCUGAAUCUCAAACUGCUCCCAAUAAAUCAUUGGCGUCACGUCUUCAAAUGGACGCUCGAGAGGGCAACGAAGGACGGCGGCGUGAAUACAGUACGGAUGUCACUGGAGGCUAUGAUACGCGUUCUUUUAUCAUGAGUAAACCACAACUGGAAGAGCCAUCAACCAGAUCUCUGCAGGACGUGGCCCCAGCCGCCCCCCGCGCUAUCCAAUCCAGUAAGGAGCCAGGGGCUUUUGCAAAUCCCAAGUUUAUAGUCACACUGGACGGUAUGCCCAACCCGGUGGGAAACUUUGGAACAGGAUUGGAAAUGGACAUGGAUGAUGUUCGACCUCCCCCACGUGAAGGAGUCAUUGAGGACAACAGUAAGGCCAAAGUCAGCGUUCUACAGAGAUUACAUGGACCGAUCAUUGAAGAUGAGUUGAUGGAUUAUGAAGAAAUGGGAAAGGACGUCCCAGUGAAAAGACAAAAAGUUUCAGAGCGCUGCAAGUUCUGGCCGGCCUGUAAAAGUGGAGAAGAAUGUCCAUACCACCACCCGACAACUCAGUGCAAAACCUUUCCAAACUGUAAAUUUGGAGAUAAAUGCCUUUUCAUCCAUCCAAAUUGUAAAUAUGAUGCCCGAUGCACAAAGCCAGACUGCCCUUUCACUCAUGUUAGCCGUAGAGGUACAGCCCAUCCUCCACCAAGACCAGCACCACCAGUGCAGACUACAACUGUGUGUCGCUUUUUCCCAGACUGCAAGAAAAUGGACUGUCCGUUCUACCACCCAAAGCCUUGUCGCUUCGCCGCACAGUGUAAGCGAGUCGGAUGUUCUUUCUACCAUCCCACCACUUCUGUGCCCCCAAGACACGCACUGAAGUGGACCAAGGCUCAGUCCAGUUAA